AUGCCCACAGAAGUUGAAGAGUUGGUUGAAUUCCUUCACCAUGGCAAUACUCAGAUCAGACAAAUUGCAUGUGAGAAUCUGGUCGGCCUGUCGUCAGACCCCGGCAUUUUCAAGAGACCCCAACUUGUUCCUGUUAAAGAUCUUAAAUUACUUGUCCGUGAUUACCCACCAAUCGCCAAACAUGCCAUCACGAUUCUCAUCAAUAUCAGCUGUGACGCGGAAAUUCUUAAGAAUCUCGCCGAGGAUGACGCUUUUGUGGAGGUCCUAAUCAAGAAGAUCACCAACCCCAAAGAACAAGCGGCUAAUGAAAUUGCCAUGCUUCUCUCCAACCUUGCAAAAUCAGAUCACCUGGAAAGACUAAUCACCCUACAACGAAGUCUUCCAGACAAGUCAGUAUCGGCCUCGCCUUAUGCCCUGGACCAACUAUUCGACUGUUUUGUCAAAGGCGCUGAUGGCAGCCUCAACAAGAACGCAAAUUUCGAUUAUCUUUCCUAUCUCCUAGCAGACGUGUCCAAAUACAAGUCCGGGCGAGAUCAUUUCUUAAGCAAAAGAGAAUACGAUGGAGUAGUCCCGCUCAGCAAGUUGAUGGUGUUCACAGAGCACAAGAGUGAUAUUCGCCGGAAGGGAGUGGCCAGUACCUUAAAGAACGCCGCCUUUGAGGUGGCGAAACACCCGUUAUUGCUUUCAGACGAGGCGACCACCCAUGACGACAUUCCGGGUGUCAACAUUCUUCCCUACAUUUUAUUGCCCAUUGCGGGUUCUGAAGAUUUUCCUGAGGCCGAAUCGGCAAACAUGCUACCAGAUUUACAACUCUUGCCACCGGACAAGUCAAGGGAAAGCGACACAGAAAUUCUAAUAACACAUCUCGAAACGUUGCUCCUUCUCACCACAACCAGGGAGGGAAGAGAUAAAUUGAGGGAAGUGCAGGUCUAUCCCUUGGUAAGAGAAUGCCAUGCACAUAGCAAGGAUGAAGAGGUCAAGGAGAUAUGCGACAGGAUAGUUCAGGUUUUAAUGAGGGACGAGGAAGAGCAGCCUGUUGUCGAGGAGCUAGAUGACGAUCAGACCAUAGAAGAGGUGUUUUGA